GUCUUGAGAUGUCUUGAUGGAUUAUUGGAAGGGUUUGCUUGUCCAUUACGCAGAAGGAGUCUAAUUUUCGGACAUUAUUUGCUAUGGACUGGACAAACUGAUGUUAAAACUGACAACUCAACCAUCUAAUCAGAGAGGUGAACAGGGAGACGAAUAUGGACGCUGAGGGUCUCAUUCAACACAUUGAACGAGACAUGGAGGCCACUUCAUUCCCGUUAUCAGUGACCACCGACUGGCUGGAGGACGGAAACGAGACGACUGGGAAUCAGUUCCAGCAGCCCGACUGGCAGGUGGCUCUGUGGGCUAUAGCCUACUCCCUCAUCAUCUUGGUGUCCAUCACUGGGAACGUCACAGUGAUCUGGAUUAUUCUUGCUCACAGGCGCAUGAGGACCGUAACCAACUACUUCAUUGUCAACCUGGCCUUCUCUGAUGUUUCCAUGGCAACCUUCAACACUCUUUUUAACUUUGUCUAUGCUCUUCAUAAUGACUGGUACUUUGGCCUGGGUUACUGCCGAUUUCAGAACUUCUUCCCCAUCACGGCCAUGUUUUCAUCAAUAUACUCGAUGGCUGCCAUCGCAGUGGACAGGUACAUGGCUAUCAUCCACCCUCUGAAGCCUCGCCUCUCCUCCACCUCUACGAAGGUUGUCAUCGCCCUGAUUUGGAUAGUAGCCAUCUUACUGGCUUUCCCUCAGUGCUACUACAGUGUGACAAGAUUUUACUACCCCAGAACCGUCUGCAUGGUCAACUGGCCUGAUGAUUAUGGAGGAACUCAUCAACUAAGUUACCAGUUUGCACUCAUAUUGCUGAUCUACUUGCUCCCUCUGCUGGUGAUGCUGGUGACCUACAGUUUAGUUGGCCGAUCACUGUGGGGUGGGCACAUCCCCGGAGAGGCGACAGACCAUUACCACAGCCAGAUAACAGCCAAGAGAAAGGUGGUGAAGAUGAUGGUUGUCGUGGUGGUGACCUUUGCCCUGUGCUGGUUGCCCUACCACAUCUACUUCAUACUUGGAUCAUUUAACAGGGACAUUUAUAAACAACAUUACAUUCAACAGGUGUAUCUGGCCAUCUUCUGGUUGGCGAUGAGCUCGACCAUGUACAACCCCAUCAUUUACUGCUGUCUGAACCAAAGGUUUCGUGCUGGUUUCCGUCAUGCGUUUGCUUGGUGUCCUUUCAUCAAAGUGUCAGAGGAGGACAGGAUGGAACUGCAGCACACACACACCUUCAGAGUCACCAUGACACGCAGCCACCGCAAUGACAGUACAUACGUGCACACCUCCGUCAAGACAAACAACACCUUUGACACAAACGUGGCUGUCAGCACUGAGCUGAACACAGAGAGAGAUGCCUGCAUGCAGCUUAGAAAACAGACAUCAUCAAAAACCUACAGCACACACAACACACAUGUGGGGAAGAGGCUGGACGAUGCAAAAUCCUCAGCUGCCAAACUUAUGCAGCACACACACUGACAACUGAGAUCAUCACAAGGACAUUCUUGAUGGGAAGGCAACAGUGUUUCUCUUUAGUGAACAAACUCUGGAGCAAACUGUUGUGAUCUUCCUCCAUGUGGAAAACUUCGAAAAGGCACAUGAAUGAAUGUGACUAUCAAGCUGAUGGAUGUUUUGCUGUUAAUGCCAAAGUGGUCAUAUGAGUAUCUGAAAACAGUUAUAAAUGGAAGAAACUACACCUGCAUAUUGAACAGCAGGAGAGGCUUAUUAUUCUUGUAAGUGUUUGUGUUUGUGGCAAAGUCUGAAGAUAAAUCUGUCCAUCAUUCAUUUCUUCUACUUCCUCCUCCCUCCAUUCUCUACAUCCUUUCUUCCAUUGCUGGCAAUUUUAUGUCCUCCUUUGGAAAUAAUCUGUAAUCUGUAAGUAAGUGUGGAUAUUUGUGUGUAACUGUAGAGUUUUCUUCUGUGGUUACUGGUUUUCAAGAACAUACAACGGAUGAACAGUCCACUGGCAUCAGCACCAAGCCUUAAUAUUGUUGUUUUUGUUGUUUGUUUCCUUUCUUACUGUCCCAUACAUUGGAUUUUAAAGGGCUUAAAAUGGACAUUUGCUAUUUCACUUCUGGACCAGGUGCAGGUUAUCACAUAGUUAGUCUGGGAGUGGCAAUUUAAUAAAAGACUUUUAAGAAGGCGGCAUCUCUGCAAUUAAGCAGAUCAGUUCAUGUAGUUCUGUCUGAGAAGCUCUGUGGUAUAAAAUCAGCAGUUAAAGGUCCAGUGUGUAACGUUUCAGAGGAUUUAUUGGCAGGAAUGGAAUAUGAUAGAGAUGGUUUAAUUUGUUUAAAUCACCUGAAAAACCUUAGAGCUGUUUUCAGCAGUGAUGCAGCUCAAGCAUCUCAUGCAAGAUGUUUUGGUGUAAUGAUAAGUUAAAUUCCAACUUGCAGCACAUAUUUAACAGACACAGAAAUUACUAUUUCUGCUAUAACACAGGAUGCAACAUGAUUGUGUAACUUUAUGUGGAGCAGCAGGGGUCAGUAUGGACUGACUGGAGUAAGAGUAUACUAAACAUUUUCUGAACAUAACUGAUAAUUAAACACUUUAAAAGAAAAAAAAACCUUUACUUGACCUUAUUUCACAAAAUUGGCUGGAUCUGCCUCAUUAUUAGUUAUAUGGUUAGCAUAUUGUUACUGUACAGUACUAUUCCUUUCACACAUUAGUCACAUAAUGUACAGUCAUACAGUAUGACUGCUCAUAUAUUAUAAUUUCACUGGUUCAUUUAACUGUAAUCUUUUUAUGGUCAGUGUAUAGUAGAGUCCAGAUUAAAAAAAUCAAAGUGCUGCUAGAGAAAUUUGGUGUGAAAUGUAACAUUGUAAUCUAUUGAGUCUAUUAAAAUAUGCUUAUUGCGUGGUAAUGAAAAUAUGGGUA